AUGAGAAGAUGGUCAGUGUCUGAUAAAUCUUUUAUCAAUGUCAAAAUUCCGGCCAUAAUUCAAGACUAUAACCGUGGUAUGGGCGGGGUGGAUCUCCAUGAUAUGUUAAUUAAACUCUACAGAACUGACAUAAAAUGGAAGCGUUUUUACAUGCGAGUAUUCUUUCAUUUAUUAGAUUCCUGUGUAGUGAAUUCAUGGUUGCUCUAUAGACGCCACAUGAAACAGAAAAAUAGUAAACAUGUAUCCCUUUUAAUAUUUAAAGAUCAGAUAGCUAAAGGAUUGAUGAUGGUUAAAAAGGAAAAUGAUGGAAAAGAAGAGACCUACGUUGAAGAUUGA